CCUUUGCUCCUUCAAACCUCCAUAGUUUGUAUUCCCUCCCCCCUUUUCCCAUUCUCCUUCGCUUUUUCUACACUCUCUCCCGUUCCUCUUCCCACCGUUACAUCUAUACUUCAUUCCUUUUACCCUCCACAAUCUCUUUUUUCUCCUUCGCCCAAUUUUACCUUCUGUGCCACUUGUUCAAACCUCCCAUUCCUCUCCUCUGCUUCCACUGCUCCUCAUUCCCUUCUACCUAACUUGCUCUCAUUCCCCUCCUGUUUGCCCCUCCCAUUGUCCCUUUGCUACACCCCUCAGUCCAGCGACCUUCGGCUCCGCCCACCUCCUCCUUCCGUCCUUGGCGAGCGCGGGAUGAGCGGGUCCGAGGCUCAACUCCCGGCCUCGGCGCCGGUGCCGCAAGAGCAGGCGGUGCUGGAGACCUUCUUCUCGCAGCUCGGCGUCUUCUCACACGACCGCGCCAAGGAUUACGUGGAGCGGGAGAAAGAGAGCAGUAAGAGCGCGGGCCAGAGCUGGGGCGCACUGCUGACGGCCCUCGGGCACCUGGCGGCCGCCGAGAAGGCCUAUCAGGGGAUGGGCUUCCUGGGCCAGAAACUUGGCGGGCAAUCAUUCUUCAGUCGGAAGGAUUCCAUUCGAAAUAUCUACACCAGCAUCCAAAAUGAACUGCGCAAGCUGGUCGCCGUUGGGAAGGGUUUGACGGCUAGCAAUUCAUCUCACUUGGAUGUGCUUCUCUGCCACCUCUCCGAGCAGCUCUGUGAUUUCAUCCAGGCCCGAAUGGAAAUUGCCGAGUUCUAUGAGAAAAUAUACUCUCUCAGCACACAGAAGUCCAUCCAUUCCAUGGAGUUGGUGGACACACUGGAAUCUAUUGUACGGAAGUAUAGCUCCAGGUUCCAUCACCCAAUCCUGAGUCCUCUGGAAAGCUGCUUCCAGCUGGAGGUGGAUGUGCUCAGCCAGCUGCUGAAGGCUCAGGCCGAGAUCAGCGAAUGGAGGUUUCUCCCUUCUCUGCUCAACUUGCAUGGCGCCCACUCCAAACUGCAGAGCUGGGGCCAGAUGUUUGAGAAGCAGCGAGAGACCAGGAAACACCUGUUUGGGGGCCAGACCCAGAAGGCCCUCCAGCCACCUCACCUCUUCCAGUGGCUGGCCAGACUGAAGAACGCUCUCUUGGCCAAGUUCAGCUUCUAUUUUCAUGAGGCCCUGAGCCGCCAGACCACCCCUUCAGAGAUGAAGGCUCUGACCACCAAGACCAACCCCGACUACUGCGGCAAGAUCUCCAGCUUCAUCCGAAAAUACGACGCCCAGAAUGUUUCCCUCAUCUUUGAUAACCGGGGUUCGGAGACCUUCCAGGGUCACGGCUACCACCAUCCCCACUCAUACAGAGAAGCCCCUAAGGGAGUGGAUCAAUACCCGGCAGUAGUCUCUCUGCCCAGUGAUCGGCCUUUGAUUCAUUGGCCUAAUGUCAUCAUGAUCAUGACAGACAGUGCGAUGGAGCUCAACACUUUGGAAAAAGUGGUCCAUUUCUACGACGACAAGGUUCAGAGCACCUACUUCCUUACACGCCCUGAACCACAGUUCACCCUUGUGGUGAUCUUUGACUCCAGAAAGUCAGAGAAGGAUUCCCACUUUCUCUCUUUCCUCAACGAGCUCUCCAGCUCCUUGAAGAACAGCAAGCCAUUUGCCGGUUUGAAACCCGGAUCAAAGGGCUGAUGCCAAUGACAGUGACUCACUACUGAUGAGGAAAGAUGGAAGGUCCUGUACUCUGCAUUACAGAACAAAUGACAUUUGUAUGAAGAACUUUGGAUGUGGAUAUUUUAUCUGCAUUCAGCUAGGAAAUGCGGACCUUUUGCCAAGUACGGUUGCUGUCAUUUCAUUCUAAUACUCACUGACAUAAUGAUUUCAUUUUCCCUAGUAACUUAUAACUGUGAAAUUAAAAAAACAACUCAACUCUUUACAAAGAAUCAGGUUUAAUCUGAGGUGUUAUUUGAAAAUGAAAGGAUAUAUUUACAAUCCAAAGGAGGAAACAACAGAUGCUGCUUGAUCCACUGAGUUCCUCCAACUGAUUAUUUGUUGUUUGCCAUUGGCAGUAUGCAAGGAAUUGAAAAAGAAACCAGUCCCUUGAGCCUGCCUGUUCUUUCAGCCCGGUAUUCAUUGCCAUUGACAACUUCUCUCUUAUUUCUCCCUCAUGAUACAUCUGUCUGUGGAGUUCUUUUCUGAGUAAUAACUUGUACACUUUGGUUUGGAAUAUACUCUGUAGCGCAUCCAAGUUGUUAAGAGAUCAUUUAGUUUGUUGCCCUCAGUCAGAGGACUGAUUUCAAAAGCUGUUAGGUGAUUUUGCAGCUUUAAAAAUCCCUGCUUAUACCACACUAUGUUCCAUUCUGGUCACAUCAUUAUAGGAAGGGGCUUGGGAGAGGGUGCUGAGGAGAUUUACCAGGAUGCCACGUGGACUAGAGAGCAUGUCUUAUGAGGAUAGGUUGAGCAAGCUAGGGCUUUUCUCUUUAGAGAGAAAGAGGAUGAACAGUGACUUGAUAGAGAUGCACAGAUGUUAAGAGGCACAGAUAGAGUGGGCAACCAGAGAGUUUUUACCUAGGGCAAAAAUGGCUAAUACUGGGGGUGCAUUGGAGCCCCAUUAAUGUGAUUGGAGGAAAGUAUGGGAAGAUAGCAGAGGUAGUUAUUUUUUAUACAGAGAGUGUUCAGUGCUUGGAAUGUGCUGCCCUGCCAGAGAUGGUGAAAGAGACAGAUACAUUAGGGCAGGGGUUGCCCAUCUUUUUAUGCAUGGAUCCUUACCAUUAACUGAAGGGUCUGUGGACUCAGGUUGGGAACCCCUGCCUUAGGGGCAUUUAAGAAACUCUUCAAUAGGCACAUGAAGAAGGAAAAAUGGAGCGCUGUGUAGAAAGGAAAGGUUAGAUAAAUAUGAGAGUAGGUUGAAAGGUUGGAACAAUGCCAUGUACUAUGCUGUAAUGUUCUGUUUUUACUCUGAGCUUUUCUAGCCCAAGGGAACGUUCUCUACUCCAACUCCUUUUAGAAUCUUCCCUAUUUCAUUGAGGACACCUGUCAUUCUUCUAAACUCCCUCUUGCCUAUCAGCAGUGUCAUAGUUCAGCCUCAUAUAGAGUAUAUGUUGACAGAGGUCAUGGGGAAGGGUCGCAAGAGAAAUCUGUUGGAAACUGAAGUUCGAACGUAUUUUGAGUCUAUGGACAGUUGUUUUAAUACUCGACUCACAUCUGGCAAUGUAUAUUCAGUGUCAUUAGAUUUGAGUCAGGUACCUGGGGUCUAAGCGAAGCACUAAGCCUUAGAACAGUUAUUUAUAAAGAAAUGGCUAAACCCAUCAUGACCCAAAGUGUAUUCUGUUGGUCUUGUAUCAGAUAGUGUGCCUCUUAUUUGAUGGUGUGCUGGUCGAUAGGUAUCCAACGUGAUGCAACUGUAAACACAUAAGAUUCUGCAGAUACAGGAAAUCCAGAACAACACACCCAAAAUGCUGGAGGAACUCAGCAGGUCAGGCAACAUCUAUGGACAGGAAUAAAUAUCCAAUAUUUCAUGAAGGUGAAGGAAUCAAGUACAAGACGGUAGGGGAGGUGGAAGGAGUACAGGUUUGAAGUCAUUAGGUGAGACCAAGUGGGAGAGAAGGUGAGUGGGUGGGAGAGGUGAUGAAGUGAGAAGCUGGGAGGUGACAAGGAAGAGGUAAAGAGUUGAAGAAGGAAUCUUGAUAGGAGAGGACAGUGGAUAUGGAUGAAAGGAGGGGUUCCAAAGGGAAGUGAUGGGCAGGUGAGGAGAAGAGAAGUGGUGAAGGGUGAUAGGGUAACCAGAAUGGGGUGUUGAUAAAGAGAGAAGAGGGUAGGGGGGAGAAAUUUACCAGAAGUUAGAGAAAUCAGUGUUCAUGCUGUCAGGUUAGAGGCUGCCCAGACGGAAUAUGAGGUGUUGCUCCUCCAACCUGAGUGUGUCCUCAUGAUAGCAGUAGAGGAAGCCAUGGACAUAUGAAUGGGAAUGGGGGGAGUGAUGCAAAUACACUAAUUGUAGAGAGCUGAGAUGACUCCAUGCUUCAAGAUUUCCAAAUCAGUAAUUGCGAAUUCAAGUGUCCUCCAGAAACCAAAGUACACAAAUCGACUGAGGGAUUGAACUAGCAAAGUGCUAGAGAUACUCGACUAGUCAGGCAGCAUCAGUAGAGUGAAAAGUUUGCUGAAUCUCCAGCAUUUUAAAAAAUUUAAGAUUGUUAUUGCAGUUUUAUUUGCUUUUUUAUUUCUGCAUAGUCAGCGAGUCUGUCUGCCCAUUGCAUUACAUUGAAAACAGCAAGUUGAAUUAUUCCUGGUGUCCUUGUCUGCACUUUAGAAAACCGAUUAUUUGUUCUUUGUGAUUUGUUUGUGCUUGCCAGGUGUAAAUUACCUGCUAUAUUUUUUGCAUUACAACAGGGAAUACAUUUCAAAAAUAGAGAGCUACGUGUGGGAUGGCCUGGAGACAAAAUUCUGGAAUUCAUCUGACAGCAUAAGUUAGAAGGAAAUAAUUCAUAUUAAUGGCUUCCUAGUGUGAUUAAACUCACACAUAUUUCGUAGGUUCAAACAAUAGUUUGUAUUCGGAGGCUUUAAUUUGUGAAACUCCCAGGAACUUUUGCGAUAGAAUAACUAUCUGAUAAGCAGCAGAUAAGUUGAGGAAACUAUUAGAAUAAGUUUGUUAUCACUGACGUACAGUAUGUUGUGAAAUUUGUUUUGUCCCAACAGUACAGUGCAAUACGUAAAAUAUACUAUAAGAAAGUUAGGAUAUUUCUUAAUGUAGUUUAAGUUAUAAUGAUAUAUAUAGUAUGUAGUGUGAAUAGAGCAAAAUAGUCAGCGAUUGUACAUGGUUCAUGUACUGUUCAGGAAUUGGUGUCAGAGGGGAAAAAGCUGAUGCUGGGGAGUCUAGUGCCCAUGAUGGAUGUGGCUGAGUCUACAGACCUCUGCAGCUUUUUCCAAUCUUGUACAUUGGAGCCUCUGUAUCAAAUGGGAUGUCUAAAGUAAGUGAAGAUUUGAUUGAAACAGAUUUAAAGCUGAGCUUACUGGAGAGAAUCUACUUACACAUUAGAUAGAGAGUGAGGCACAUUUGACAAGAUGAAAGUGUUGGUCACUGAACACAGAACUGAGAAGAGUUAAACCAUACUCUGAAUGACAUUGACUUGUAUUUCCAGAGUCGGAACAUGCCCAUCGGCACAACUCAUCCAUGCCAACCAAGUUGCCUCCCUGAGCUGGUCUUUUCAGCAUGUGUUUGGCCCAUAUCCUCUCUAAAAGUGCUUGAAACGCUGCCAAGGGAAAUUGGUGGAAGCAGAUAACAUGUCAGCAUGGCUUCCUUACAAAUCUCUUGGAAUUCUUUGAAGAAAUAACGAGUGCCUUCAGCAUUUUUGUUUUUGUUGUGGAUUUCUAGGACAUGCAGUUUUUUUCCCCUCUUGUAUUCCAGGUCUAGUUCAAAUGCAGAUUCAGAUUUAUUUAUCAUGUGUACUUCAAAACAUACUGUGAAAUGCAUUGUGAUUGCACGUAUUGGUAGUUAUGUUGCCAUGUCAAUUAAUUUUAAGAUCACAUUAAUUGCAUCUACACUCAGCGGCCACUUUAUUAAGUACCUCCUGUACCUAUAAAGUGGGCACUGGGUGUAUGUUCAUGGUACUUCUGUUGCUGAAGCCCAUCUGUUUCAAAGGUUAUAGUAAAUUUAUUAUCAAAAUACAUAUAUGUCACAGGAAACAAACCUAAGAUUCAUUUUCUCAUGGGCAUACUCAAAAAUACAUAAUACAAUGGUAACCAUAAUGCGAUCAAUGAAAGACUGCAUCAACAGCGUUCUUCCAGAGUAAAAAAGUCGACAAACUGUACAAAUAUGAAAAGAAAUAAAUAAUAAUAAAUAUAAUACAUGGCUAAGGAGUUGGUGUAGGAGGGAGGGCAUAAGCUCUUUGGAUCAUUAGGUUUUCUUCCAGGGAAGGUGGGACUUGUACAAAAGGGACGGUUUGCACCUGAACUGGAGGGGGACUAAUAUCCUAGCAUGAAGCUUUAUUAAUGCUGUGCAGUGGGGUUUAAACCAGAGUUGCAGGGUGAUGGAAACCAGAGUGCCAGAGGGUUAGUGGAGAGGUUACGGAGGUAGAUGUUGGUAAGACCUCGGACAACGUUAGAAAUCAAAAGGUUGAGCAUGGUGCAACAACAUCGAAAAAGGUGAAUACAGGACUGAAGGUGUUGUAUCUGAAUGUGCGCAGUAUAUGGAAUAAGGAAGAUGAACUUGCAGUGUAGUUGCAAAUUGGUAGGUAUGCUGUUGUAGGCAUCACCAAAUCUGGCUGAAAGAUUAUAGCUGGGGGCUUUAUGUCCAAGGAUACGCAUUGUAUCAAAAGGAUAGGCAGAAAGGCAGAGAGGGCGGCAUUGAUCUGUUGGUAAAAAAUGAAAUCAAAUCAUUAGAAAGAGGUGACAUAGGGUCAGAAGGUGUUGAAUCAUUGUGAAUAGAGCAAAGGAAUUGCAUGGGUAAAAAGACCACUAAAACUUUGCCUACAAAUUACAAUGGGAGAUAGAAAGUGUAUGCCAAAAGGGCAAUGUUACAAUAGUCAAGGGGCACUUCAAUAUGUAAGUAGAUUGGGAAAAUCAGGUUGGGGCUGGAUUACAGGAAGGGGAAUUUCUAGAGUGCCUACAAGAUGGCUUGUGGUUGGGUGCAUUAAAGGAUCGCUGUUCGGGAUUGGGUGUUGUGCAUAGAACCAGAAAUAAUUAAGAGAGCUCGAGGUAAAAGAACUCCCUGGGAAAAGUGGUCAUUAUAUGAACAAAUUUGUCCUGAAAUUUGAGAAGGAGAAGCUAAAGCUAAAUGUAUCAGUAUUACAGUGGAGUAAAGGGAAUUACAGAGGCAACAGAGAGGAGUUGGCCAGAACUGAUUGGAAAAGAACACUGACAGAGAUGACAGCAGAGCAACAAAGGCUGGAAUUUCUGGAAGCAAUUUGGAAGGCACAAGAUAUAUACAUCCCAAAGAGGAAGAAGUAUUCUAAUGGAAAGAUGACACAACCGUGGCUAACAAGUGAAGUCAAAGCCAACAUGAAAGCCAAAGAGAGGGCAUAUAAUGGAACAAAGAUUAUUGGGAAUUUAGAGGAUUGGAAAACCUUUAAAAACCAACAGAAGACAACUAAAAGACUCAUUAAGAAGGUAAAGUUGGAAUAUGAAAGUAACCUGGCCAAUAAUAGUAAAGGAGAUACCAGAAGUUUCUUUAGAUACAUAAAGUGUAAAAGAGAAGCGAGAAUGGCUAUUGGAUCACUGGUAAACAAUGCUGGAGAGGUAAUAAUGGGAAACAACAAAAUGGUGGACAAACUGAAUAUGUAUUUUGCAUCAAUCCCCUCUAUGGAAGACACUAGCAGGAUGGUGGAAGUUCCAGGUGUCAGGUGGCAUGAAGUGUGUGAAGUUACCACAACUAGAGAGAAGGUUCUUGGGAAACUGAAAGGUUUGAAGGUAGAUAAGUCACCUGGACCAGAUGGUGUACACCCCAGAGUUCUGAGAGAGGUGGCUGUAGAGAUCAAGGAGGCAUUAGUAAUGAUCUUUGAAACAAUCAUUAGAUCCUGGGAUGGUUCCAGUCUGUCUGUCUAGGUACCAUAUCCAAUGCUGACGUUGGUGACUAUGGUUUUUCAUACAGAUCUAUCCCUUGUUCUUUGGAUGGCUUCUAUUUUUUCUGUGUAACCACUUGGCUAGGCUUUUGAUGUACAUAAGCCAAGGUCUUCCUCUAGGUUUGCUCCCCUCAAUCUUUCCAGAGAGUGUGAGUUUUUCUAGUUCAUCCUUCCGCAUGAUAUGUCCUAGAUAUGUCCUAGUUCCGCAUGAGUUGUCUUUCUCUUAUUGUUUGGUAUAAGUGAUCUAACUGCUUGGACCCUUCUGAGAACUUCUUCAUUUGAUGUGUGUGUGGUCCAUGAUAUUUUUAACAUUCUCCUGUAGAACCAUAAUUCAGCUACUUCUAGUCUGUUUUCCGUUGCUGGGAAAAUGGUCCAGCAUUCACUUUCAUAAGUCAGGAUAGAAUAAAUGCAGCACUGCAGUAUUCUGUUUUUAAUGUACGUGCUCAUUUUUCUGUCUGUAAUAUGGUCUUCACUUUUUGGAAAGCUUCUUUCCCAUUGCUAUUCUGUAUUUGAUAGCUGUGUCGCACUUGCCAUCAUUAUCUGAAUAGAUAUCUGAAUUUGUUGACUUGUUUGAUGUUUGUAUUUCUGAUCUUGAUCACACAUUGUGGGAUGUUUGUCUUUCUGGAGAUGACUGUGCUUUCUGUCUUCUUGGUGUUGAUUGAGAGGCCUCUGCGAUUACUUUCUGCUGCCACUAUAGUGAGUAGUUCUUGAAGUUUUGUUUCUGAGUCAGCUGUUAGUACAAUGUCAUCAGCAGAUCUGAUGUUCUUUAUAUUAUGGCCUCCAAAUUUGAGUCCUUUGAUAUCUUUGAUACUUGUCAAGAUAUUUUCACUAUACUGUUUGAAUAAGUCGGGUGAAAAGUCACAACCUUGCCUGACUCCUCUCAUGAUAUUCACAUACUUGCUCACUUCUCCUUCUAUUCUGAUAGAUGCUGUCUGGUCCCAGUAUAAGUUUCUUAAGAAAUGUAUAUCUUUCCCAUCUACGUCAAGAUCUUGAAGCAUUUCCAGGAGAUCUCGGUAUAUGACAGUGUCAAAAGCUUUUGUAUAGUUGAUGAAACAUAGAUGUCUUUUUGUACCUGGAUGGCUCAUUCACAGAUCAUCUGUAGCAUGAAAAUUGCAUUUCUGGUUCCAGUAUUUUCCACAAAGCCACAUUGUUCUUUGCUGAUUUCUGGUUUAAUAGAGCGUCUUGCUCUUAUCAUUACUCUGAGAAUAAUUUUUGCCACAUGGCUUAUCAAGCUUAUAGUUCUGGUAAACUGGAAAAUUACCAUUCUUCAAGAAGGGAGAGAGGCAGAAGAAAGGAAACUAUAGGCCAGUUAGUUUGAUCUCAAUGGUUGGGAGGAUAUUGGAGCCGAUUAUUAAGAAAUCAUGAAGAGAUCACAGGGUACUUGGAGGCACAUGAUAAAAUAGGCCAUUGUUAGCAUGGUUUCCUCAAGGGAAAAUCUUGUUUGACAAAUCUGUUGGAAUACUUUGAAGAAGCAACAAGCAGGAGAAACAAAGGAGAAUAAGAUGAUGUUGUGCACUUGUAUUUUCAGAAGGCCUUUGACAAGGUGCUACACCUGAGGCUGAUUAACAGCUAUGAGCCCAUGGUAUUACAGGAGAGAUUCUAGCAUGAAUAAAGCAGUAGCUGAUUUGCAGGAGGCAAAGUGUGGGAAUAAAGGGAGCCUUUUCUGAUUGGCUCCCAGUGACUAGUGGUGUUCCACAGGGGUCUGUCUUGGGAUCAAUUCUUUGAUGUUAUAUGUAAAUGAUUUGGAUGAUGGAAUUGAUGGCUUUGUUGCAAAGUUUGCAUAUGAUGUGUAGAUAGGUGGUGGGGUAGGUAGUUUUGAGGAAGUAGAGGGGCUACAGAAGGACUUAGAUUAGAAUGGGCAUUGGCAGAGGAAUACAUUAGGGGUAUUUAGGGGUAUGUUGGGAACUGUGUGAUCAUGCACUUUGGUAGAAGAAAUGAAACAGUUGGCUAUUUUCUAAAUGGAGUGGAAAUACAAUCAACUGAGUUGCAAAGGGACUUGGUAGUCCUUCUGCAGGAUUCCUUAAAGGUUGAUUUGCAGUUUGAGUCUGCGGUGAGCAAGAUAAAUGCAAUGUUAUUGUUCAUUUCAAGAGGACAGAAAUAUAAAAGCAAGGAUGCAGUGUUGAAGCUUUAUAAAGCACUGGUGAGGUCCCACUUGAAGUAUUGUGAGCAGGUUAGGGUCCCUUAUCUUAGAAAGGAAGUGCUGAAAUUUGAGAGAGUUCAAAGGAGGUUCACGAAAAUGAUUCCAGGAUUGAAUGGCUUCUCAUGUGAAGAGCGUCUGAUGGCUGU